AUUGUAGUGUUUAGCCUUCUAAGCAAGCUCGCGCAAACUCUCCGGGAAGGAACCAUGGUUUGCUGCCGUGUGCUUGUGUUGCUCACUUCCGUGCUGGCAACAGCCGCUGCUGCUUGUGCAAACGUAUUCACUCUGUUCCGCAAGAGUGACGGAAGUAAAAGGUAUGAGCAGACGCUCUGGUUCACUAGAAAGAAUGUCGGCAUUGGGAGAAAGAAGAUGGUGAAGGACAGUCCGUGUGACCAAUACAAGCUCUUCUUUCAGAUCAGUGAGGGCGCUACAGUGGGCGGUGCAUUCGUGGGUUUCAUUGUUUUGAUUGUCGCCAUUGUACAGCUGUUUGUGAUUUACAGAAGCUCUUCAAUUAGGUGUGGUAUUUUCACUUUAUCAUUCAUCGCGUUUGCCGCGUGUGGAGCCUGUGUGGGUCUUCUCAUGUACGGGUAUAUGCAAGGCUACUGUCAGAACAACCUCCUCCUGAGUAAUUCAUAUGCUCCGUUCAAGGACAGUGGAUACGAAUUCGCGGAGGGAUUCUACCUUAUUUGUGCUGCGUGCGGGCUGUUUCUCUUUUGUAGUCUCUUCCAGUGCUGCGCGUAG